CCAUGGGGGUCCGGGGGUCUUCCGAGGUCUGCGUCAGCGGAAGGGUGCCAUUUUAGGCCCCACCGACUCGCCCCUGCUGUGUUUCCCGCCCAGAGACAGAUUUCCAAGACCGUGCUCGGUAUGGGGGAGCCCAGAACGCUGAUACCCGAUUCGGGUGCUGUGUUUACAUUUGGAAAAACUAAAUUCGCUGAAAAUAUUCCUAGCAAAUUCUGGUUUAAAAAUGACAUACCUAUAUAUCUUUCAUGUGGAGAUGAACAUACUGCUAUUGUUACAGGAAAUAAUAAACUUUACGUGUUUGGCAGUAACAACUGGGGACAGCUGGGAUUAGGAUCACAGUCGACUAUCAACAAACCAACCUGUGUCAAAGCUCUUAAGCCUGAAAAAGUGAAACUGGCUGCCUGUGGAAGGAACCACACUUUAGUUUCAACAGAAAAAGGCAAUGUAUAUGCAGCUGGUGGCAAUAAUGAAGGCCAGCUUGGACUUGGUGAUACCGAAGAAAGAAAUACUUUUCAUCGAAUUAACUUUUUUACACCCCAGCAUCACAUUAAACAACUCUCUGCUGGUUCUAAUACUUCAGCUGCACUGACUGAGGAUGGAAGACUUUUUAUGUGGGGAGAUAAUUCUGAAGGACAAAUUGGUUUAAAAAAUAUAUGUAAUGUGUGUGUUCCUCAUCAAGUGACUAUUGGGAAACCGAUUUCUUGGAUCUCUUGUGGAUAUUAUCAUUCAGCUUUUGUAACAGUGGAUGGUGAACUGUACACAUUUGGAGAACCUGACCAUGGGAAAUUAGGUCUUCCCAGUCAGCUGCUUAGCAAUCACAGAUCACCCCAAUUGGUGGCUGGAAUUCCUGAGAAGGUGAUUCAAGUGGCGUGUGGUGGAGGGCAUACUGUGGUUCUUACAGAAAAAACCGUAUAUGCCUUUGGACUAGGGCAGUUUGGGCAGCUGGGCCUUGGCACUUUUCUUUUUGAAACAUCUGAACCCAAAGUCAUUGAGCAUAUUAAGGACCAGAAAAUAAGUUAUAUUUCCUGUGGAGAAAAUCACACAGCUUUAAAGACAGAUAUAGGCCUUAUGUAUACUUUUGGAGAUGGCCGACAUGGAAAAUUAGGACUUGGACUAGAGAAUUUUACCAACCAAUUCUUUCCCACUUUGUGUUCUAAUUUUUUGAGAUUUACAGUUCAAUUGAUUGCUUGUGGUGGCUGUCACAUGCUAGUUUUUGCCACUCCACGACUUGGUGUGUUAGAAGAAAUUGACUUUGAUGAACCAAAUGAUCCUUACUUAAAUACAGCUGCUUCUCUCUCUGCUGGCUAUCUGACCUCAGGGAAUGUAUUGCAUAGAACUUUAUCAGCACGUCUGAGGCGAAGAGAACGGGAGAGACCCUCACCACCUUCUCCAACAGUGCAGCCACCAUUAGACGGAACUGCUACCUCUGCUUCAUAUUUUUCCCCCUGUUCAGUCCCUUUCCGUCUGCUGAGGAGUAACUUCUCAGAUAACAGUAUCUCAGAUCCUAUGGAGACACUGGACCCAGAUUAUUUUCAAGAUACAACGACCAAAGGGACAGAAAAUUCUUCAACAAUUGAUUCAGAAAGCCUUGAAGAAACUCCUGAUGUCUUAAACAUGACACAUGUGAUGAGCCUGAGUUCCAACGAGAAGUCAUUAAAAUUUUCGCCAAUUCAAAAACAAAAGAAACAAGACACAGUUGGGAAACCGAACCAGCAUACAGCUAGUACUGAGAGUGAUGAUAGUAACGAAUAUGAAUAUGAAGAUAUGUCAAAAAUGAAAGAAGGGAAAGCAUAUAAACAACAUGUAGCAAAAGGGACCUUCAUGAUUCAAGCAACUGAGACCACUGAAGCAUUCUCAGAUGAGGAAGUAGAUCAUGAUUCAGACCAGAUACCAGAGGAACAGGAAGGAGUAGAGGAUUCAGAAGGAAGUGGAGUAGAGGAGCAAGUUAUAGAGGCACAUAAGGAAAAUGUGCAGGUGCCAGGAGGAAAAAAGGAGAAGAGAUCAAAAACCCUGUCAGAUGACCUUACAGACAGAGCAGAGGAUCAAGAAAUGUCAGAAAUUGUGAAAGCAAAACCAGAGGCCAUGAACAAACAAAUUGAUAUCAAAAAUCCAGAACAAGAGGAGAAAAUUAUGGAAGAUGAUAAAAAUAUUGCUGCAGGUGACCCUGGUACAACCGAAGAGUCAGACGCUAUCAAGGACAACUCAGCUGAAAUCAUUAAAGAGGAAGAAAAAGCCAGUCUAGAGGAACGGGCUAUUCAUGAAUACAACGAAAAUCCAAAAGGAAAUAUGUAUGAUCGUGCAAAGAGCAGUUCUUCAGAAGUUCUAGGAAGUAGUGACUCAACACCAACUAAAGACAUAAUAAAGCCCAAAAGAAUAUUCCUCUUUAAACGGAUGUCAUUUCAGGGUCAGAAGAUGACUCAGAAUCGUAAUGAACCACUCUCAGUGAUAAGACCAAUAGGUGAUCAAAUAGCUAUACAAAGCAAUGAGAAAGAUGCCAGCCAGAGCCCAAUGGGGCAAAACCUUCAGGAAACUAUACCACCAAAGGCAGAGAAAGGAAAGUCAAAAUCCUGUACAAUACUAUAA